AACUACAUAGGUAUUAGCUAAUGAAGUUUGUUUAAUUUAAUAGUCCAAUAGUAAAUAAUAUAAUAAUAGAAGAGUGAUAGGUUAAUUUUACCUCAGAAUGUCGUCAUUGAGCACCGUCAACGAUGAACAGGAAUCGAUUGAGAUCGAUGAAUUGGAACAGCUGUUGUUGGAAGCAGAAUCCGAAGCAAUAUCCUUCGUUAAAAUUGUGCCGUCUCCUGUUGCUAGUACGUCCGAGGAGCCAACCAGCUCAGCAAAUACGAAAUUGAUUACUAAAGCCAGCUCAAUUUCCCUCAACGGUUCAACGUUCCUGAAGAAUUUGGAACAGCAGAGUCCGGAUAAGCAAACAUCUAAACUCUCGAAACCGACCAGCGCGGUCCACAGUGGUGAUACCGACUCUUCAGACGACGAGGAGAUAAGAAAUUUACUGGGGCGAAAAUACGAUGAUUACGGAAUGGGUAUCAAUGCAAUUUUAAAGCAAAAAGAGGACGAGAGAAUUGAUUUGGAAAUAUCGAAUUUUAUUAACCGUACAUUGAAAAACGCCGAUCAAGGCACAUCCCAGCUACCGAAAAAGAAAGCUCCUACGAAAACACCGGAAUCAUUAGAGGAGGAUGUUCGACCUUUCCCGGGUGCCACGAAGGCGGAGCCUCUUCCGGUAUCAAAAAAUACCAUACCGGAUAUAUUUAAGAAGAGCGUAUAUACUGAUCCAAUCUUUGGGAUACGCCUGGUACAUCCAUUGAUUUCAAGCACAAUGAUGCAAGAGCGAAUGCAGGGUAGGAAACCAGUGUCCAUGGCUCGGAUAAAACAUCAUAUCGAGCAUGUAAAUUUGAAGGAAGACUGGGCUAUCGCCGGAGUUGUACUCAGCAAAAGUCCUCCGAAAACUACGGCUAAGGGAAGUCAGUUUUCCAUCUGGAAGCUAAGCGAUCUUCAUGGGGAACUCAAAAUGGUUAGUUUGUUCCUAUUUUCACAAGCCUACAAAGAUUUGUGGAAAACGGCCGAAGGGAUGGUCAUUUGCAUAUUGAACCCCGGCGUGCUGGAGCGUAACGAUGAUAAAAAUACGGAGGCAGUUCUCUCGAUUGACAAGUCUGCCAAAGUGAUGAUAUUGGGACAGUCGAGAGACAUGGGGACGUGUCGCAGUAAGAAAAAGAACGGAGAGCGGUGUACGGCCUAUGUAAAUCUGGACAAAUGUGAACAUUGCGUGUACCACGUAAAGCAAGAGUACAACAAGGCUUGCAAUCGUGGUGGCCUAAUUUCAUCUACUGCCGGGCGAGGAUUGAACGAGCUUCGGAACAAAGUGCUUGGGAAAAAUGAGGUAUUCUACGGUGGCCAAAGUUUUUCGGCAGUUAAAGCUAAGAAGAAUCCGAAGCAAGUUGCAAAGGAUAAUAAUCGCAUGCUGACGCUUUCGGAAUACUACCAGUCUCCGCUGCAAGGCAGCGGUAAUGCAACUUCACAAGCAAGCUCUUCUUCGCUUCCAGCUUACCGUCAACAGCCGGCUAUUAAAUCCGUCCCCAACAAGGGAUCUGCAGCUAGGUUGGAAUUCAACAUAAAACAAAGAGAAAAGGAUGUGGAGCGUUUGAAGCAACUUGGUUUGAGUACAGAAGAUACUCUGUCUUUGACAACUUCCAGAGAGACAGCUAAAACUCCUACACAGGUAUCAAAAUCGACAUCGAAAUCAUCUCCAUGUCUAUCAGCACCUAAUGGUUUCGAAAAUCGAUCGUUUAGUCUUGAAACUAAAGCAACACCUAGAUUGAGUACGGGUAAUUUUGUCAUUGACUUGGGACAGUCUCCGAAGCAAGCACUAUACUCACGUCAAAAAGCCGCCAACAUUUUGAAGAAGAACCCCCUGGCGAAAUCCAAUCCGAAUUUCAUUAAAUACCGUGGCUCAGAAACGGGGAAAAAACGUGCAUUGGACGAGAUCCACGCAAACGACGAAGUAGCAAACGGAAAUGCUUCGAAAAAGCAGAAGCUGGAUCAAGAAGAGCAGGCUCGAAAGGAUCGUUUGAAAACAAUGAUGGAGGCAUGCUCAUCGCAUACCGAUCUAAUCAAAGCCCACGAGGAUGAACAGCAGGAAAAGUACUUCAAAGACCUCGAACGCAAGGAAGCAAUGGAGGAAAAAAUGAUGAACACCUUCAAGGUGGAGUGCAAGGCUGUGAUUUGUCUCCGAUGCAAGUACAUUGCAUUCUCGGCGGCCGAUCGGUGCAAAGAGGAACGACACGAACUCAAAGUGCGAGAUGCCGAGAAACGUUUCUUUAAAUGUGCCGAUUGUGGGAAUAGGACAGUUACGUUGCAUCGUUUACCUAAAACUACAUGUAAGAACUGUCAGAGUUCUCGUUGGGAGCGCUGUGCAAUGAUGCGUGACAAAAAGGGAACGGGAGUGUCUUUAUGCAUUCGAGGUGACGAGGAGAAAUUCUUGGGUAGCUGCGCUAACAGUGCAAAUUUGAACUUGCUCGUUCCGGAAGAUAACUAA